AUGCUCAACUCUGUUCGAGUGACCAUAGAUGAGUUGACUGAAUUGGACAUUCAAGUCUGUUCAAAGAAAGAAAAAUAUAUUUCAUUUUUAGAUUAUAUAAACGGUGGAGAACUUUUUACUCAUCUUUCUCAAAGAGAGCGUUUCACAGAGCACGAGGUGCAGAUCUAUGUUGGAGAAAUUGUGCUUGCCCUUGAACAUCUCCACAAGUUGGGGAUUAUAUACCGUGACAUUAAGCUUGAGAAUAUUCUACUUGAUUCUAAUGGCCAUGUGGUGCUGACAGAUUUUGGUCUGAGUAAGGAGUUUGUGGCUGAUGAAACUGAAAGAGCAUAUUCCUUUUGUGGAACUAUUGAAUACAUGGCACCAGAUAUUGUCAGAGGGGGAGAUUCAGGACAUGACAAGGCAGUUGACUGGUGGAGUUUAGGUGUUCUAAUGUAUGAAUUACUAACUGGAGCCUCUCCUUUCACUGUUGAUGGAGAAAAAAAUUCCCAAGCUGAGAUUUCUAGGAGAAUAUUAAAAAGUGAGCCUCCAUAUCCCCAGGAAAUGAGUGCUUUAGCCAAAGACCUAAUUCAGCAUCUUUUGAUGAAAGAUCCCAAGAAGAGAUUGGGAUGUGGUCCACGUGAUGCAGAUGAAAUCAAAGAACAUCUCUUCUUUCAGAAAAUGAAUUGGGAUGAUUUAGCAGCCAAAAAAGUACCUGCACCAUUUAAGCCAGUCAUUAGAGAUGAAUUAGAUGUGAGUAACUUUGCAGAAGAGUUCACAGAAAUGGAUCCCACCUAUUCUCCUGCAGCCCUGCCCCAGAGCUGUGAGAGGCUGUUUCAGGGCUAUUCCUUUGUUGCUCCUUCUAUACUAUUUAAGCGUAAUGCAGCUGUCAUAGAUCCUCUUCAGUUUCACAUGGGAGUUGAACGUCCUGGAGUGACAAAUGUUGCCAGGAGUGCAAUGAUGAAGGAUUCUCCAUUCUAUCAACACUAUGACCUAGAUCUGAAGGACAAACCAUUGGGAGAAGGAAGUUUUUCAAUUUGUCGAAAGUGCAUACACAAGAAAAGUAACCAAGCAUUUGCAGUCAAAAUAAUCAGCAAAAGGAUGGAAGCCAAUACUCAGAAAGAAAUAACAGCUCUGAAACUCUGUGAAGGACACCCCAAUAUCGUGAAGUUGCACGAAAUUUUUCAUGAUCAGCUUCACACAUUCCUAGUAAUGGAACUUCUAAACGGAGGAGAGCUGUUUGAACGCAUUAAGAAAAAGAAACACUUCAGUGAGACCGAAGCCAGCUACAUCAUGCGGAAGCUUGUUUCAGCCGUAAGCCACAUGCAUGAUGUUGGAGUGGUGCAUAGAGAUUUGAAACCUGAGAAUUUAUUGUUCACUGAUGAAAAUGACAAUCUGGAAAUUAAAGUAAUUGAUUUCGGGUUUGCACGCCUAAAGCCACCCGACAAUCAGCCUCUUAAGACGCCCUGCUUCACCCUUCAUUAUGCGGCCCCAGAGCUCUUAAAUCAUAACGGCUACGACGAGUCCUGUGACCUGUGGAGCCUGGGUGUCAUUUUGUAUACAAUGUUGUCAGGGCAGGUUCCCUUCCAAUCUCAUGACAGAAGUUUGACAUGUACCAGUGCAGUGGAAAUCAUGAAGAAAAUUAAAAAGGGGGAUUUCUCCUUUGAAGGAGAAGCCUGGAAGAACGUAUCUCAAGAGGCUAAAGAUUUGAUCCAAGGACUUCUCACAGUUGAUCCAAAUAAAAGGCUUAAAAUGUCUGGUUUGAGGUAUAAUGAAUGGCUUCAAGAUGGCAGUCAGCUGUCCUCAAAUCCUCUGAUGACCCCAGACAUUCUAGGGUCUUCAGGAGCUGCUGUGCAUACCUGUGUGAAAGCUACCUUCCAUGCCUUUAACAAAUACAAGAGAGAGGGGUUUUGCCUUCAGAAUGUUGAUAAGGCCCCUUUGGCUAAGAGAAGGAAAAUGAAAAAGACUAGCACCAGUACGGAGACACGCAGCAGCUCAAGUGAGAGUUCCCAUUCUUCCUCCUCUCAUUCUCAUGGUAAAACUACACCCACAAAGACGCUGCAAACCAGCAAUCCUGCUGACGGCAAUAACCCAGAGACCCUCUUCCAGUUCUCCGACUGAGCAGCAUAGGAAUGGUAGGAAGGUAAUCAGUGAUCCAUUGCACCUUUAUUUCCCUCAGCAUAUGCCUGAGGCGAUGUUUUGUGCUUCUAAAAAUAUGUCCCAUUGGAAUCUGCCUCAGUGAAUUUUUUCAGGAAAACCGUUUGGUUAUCCUUGUCCAAAAGCACUGGACAGAGAAUGUUACUGUGAAUAGAGCACAUUAUACUUUUUAGCAGCCUAGCAGGAUGCCAACAGGACUACUCUUGAAAGAGCAAAGGAUUUUGUAGCUUUAAUUAGGGACUGGUUAGAUUUGAACUGCUUACAAAGUAAGUCACAGGUUUUUCGGAUGUCUGCCAACAAGAGUUGACUUGUACUGUGAUGAUGCCUUUUGCUUUGCCUUGUGGACAGUGGGUUUUUAAGAGAUUUACACCUUUUGAACAGUGAUUUAUCAGAGAAAAAGCUCUGUUUUCAAAAAAGGUUCUGUAAUAAAUUUUAUGUGUGGAAUAUACUUAUUUCUUGAGAGAGGAUUUUAACUUAUUGUUUCUAUUUUAAGGUUACAUAUGAUGAUAACCUGUUAUUAAUCUUUUUCUAAAAAGUGAAAAAAAAAGAUACAUGAACUUAAGGUCCCACACUCUGUAUUUGGGAUCCAUAUGAGAUGCAUGCUAAGCUAUGUAUGUUUUUAAUUUUGCACUGCUCUUUCCUGGCAAUUUGUUUUAAUGAUUAUUGCAAAAUAUUAAGGUACAUAUUUCUUGGUUUUAGUAAUAUUGCACUUUAUAAAAGAGUAUGAAUAAAGCAAACUGUUUUAUGAAGUGCACUGUGUAAAACAUAUGUACUAUAUUUCUAUCAUUUUUUCCAUUAUGUACUUUAAAUUUGUCCUCACAUCCCUCUUCUACUUUGUAUGCAACAAGUAGAAUGGGACAUGUUGUAUAAUGUAGUCAUUAGCCACUUAUGCAGCAGUGUGAGGAAAACCUAAAGGGAAAUUAUACUAAACACUGUGCUUCAUAUUUGUACACUGUGUUGUACUACAGUGAGACAUUUCCUCCUGUAGUCAUAUAUUAUGUACAUAAUAUUUUAGAAUCAUACCUAUGACUCAUUUUGAAAUUUUUCUGUUAAAUUUUAAAUCCAGAAAACAUAUUUUAUAAACUUAUGCAGAGCACUUUUAUUGCUCAAAAGUUCUGAAUUCAUACAGAAAACAAGUGCUAUAUGAUGAAGACAUUUCAUUGAAAGAUUGCUGCAUUUACAAAUACAAUUCAUUAAUUCCCUAUGCAAAAAAAAAAAAAGGGAUAGGAUUUGUAUGUUAUAUUUUCUUUUAAAGCCAUCACAUGAAAUGUCAGGACUGAGAAAAGUGAUCUUUGCCGUGUUUACAGGAAUCAUGCUUAAAAAGAUAAUGCCCAACAUGUUUAUUUUAUAGUCUUUGUUAAUGAUAACCUCUUAAGCAUUAGUUUGGAAUUUUGGCAUGAUGUUUAUUUAUUCCUUUCUUGAGGUAAUAGCAGCAUUAAUUUCAACCAGUUAUGAAUACUAAAAAUAUUGCAAUCUAUGUAAUAGUAGUAUAUUUAUUACUAAAUCAAUGUAUAUAUUAAUAGCACAGUCAACAAAAAUGGCAGAUAUUAAAAUAUUUUCAAAUUA